AGAUUCCUGUCCAUUUUGACGAGACCAUCUGAACGUGAGACGCUGGGAUUAAAGAAUGGAAUCACCUGGCCUGAAAAUCAAAUAUGCUUGAUUGUUGAUAUCAGUGGGGGAAUUCCCACAUCGUGAACUUGGGACAUUGAAGCGUCUGCUGCUCUUACGUUCUGUGUUUGCAUAAUUGACAUGAUUUUUGCAUGGAAGCUCGUGAAUGCGGAUAUUGAAUGCAAUGCUGUGUGAUAGAUUCAUGUACAUUUAUAAGGAAGUUGCUGAGUCAAACUUACAAUGAGUGAAGGAAAGGGGGAGAUUUCAGAGAUAGAUGGCUCCGCCCCUCUUGAUUUAAGAGUAAAAAAGGAAGUGAAGUCAGAGCCGACAACAACACCUGUGACGGAGAAUGUUCCACUCAAUCUAUCCAGGCCGGUGCAUCCGAAAACUGCCUCUUCAGCACCACCGGAACAACCAACUCCCGCAGCCCCGCCGCUGCAGAUGCUUCUACAGAGGGGGACUGGGGAUGUUGGGAUCCAGGGCAAGCCAAGGAGUCCAGAAGUACAAGCAGCGGUUGUUCCCCCUCCACUUGUUAAGCACAGUACAACCGAUAGUGGAAGUGUCAGCAAGACAAUGCUUGUUAAAGCACCACCCAAAUCUGCGGCACCAAUGCAUCACCAGAUCAGCGUGGUGCCUCCGCCGGAUACGAUGGCUUCUGGACACGUUGGUGGUGCCCCCUACAAGAGAUCAGCUCCUGCUCUUCUUCAGCAUGGCUACCUGGUUCCUCCACAUCUAACUCCUCAUGCAAUCGCACUGGAGACUGUUGUAGGGAGCCCGAAGAUACCGCUGGGUACCUCUGAGAGUAAUCACGCUUCAGGGAACGUCAAGACAACAUCUCCAGUCAUUCCCUCGGGACCAACUAAGUUGGCCAAAACAACGUAUUUAACGCCACCGGCACUGUCACCCACUAAAAGCCCCAAAACGAUAACUGCUUCGUCGGUUUCAGCAGGUGCACCUUCCCCAGCGUCAGCAAGAGCACCUUCUCCAGCAAACUCCCCAGCGCAUGAGCACUAUGUUAAAGCACCCAGUCCUCGUCCUCAUCCGAAGAAAAAGACUUCACCAGUACCGCGGGAAAGUCCCAGUCAUGUGGUUCAGGUGACAUCAGAGUCUGGUCCUGCCAAAGCCUCUCCAACCUCGAGUGGAAGACCUGACAAGCAUGGUCCAACUCUUCAUGGAGUACACCAAGCGUUGCCAAUAAGCAUGGACAGAUUAGUAGCACACGGGGCGCCACCGCGGCCCCAUGGCACGACUGGACCCCAUCCUGGAAAUUCGCAGAAACACCCUUCAGGUCACCCGUCACCGAGCGGUCUGCACUCCCAGGAGGUUCCAUCACACCCUCGACCAAGGUUACUGCAGCAUCGCAAGAAAUCCCCAACCACGUCAACGCCAGCGACGAAAAGUGCGCUAUCGCAAGGCCCGGAGUUAACGGCAGGACCGCGUCUUGUUUCUGGUUUACCGCAGCAUCUACCGCGGCAAGGACCACCUCUGCAUGUCUCUCCGCAGCAACUACCGCAGCGGUUACCGAUUGGGACUCCUCAUCACGCUGUGCAUGCCCCACCAGUGGAAGCAUUGUUAACCCUUCGCCAUCCCAUCACGGCUGGCUCCUCUAUUCCAGAAGGUGUAUCGCUUUACCCUCCACGUGUCACCCGCCCGCCCGGUAUCAACCCAGGACCGCAUGGACCCUCUCAUGUAGUCUCUCCAGCUACCAACCACCCAACCCAGCCACGCCCCUCUCCGCCCCGCCCUUCCCCACCCCGCCCAUCUCCACCCCGUACCGCAACCACUCCCCACACCUCGGCGCAGGUGUCCCCAUCCUCCUCUUCCUCCCCGCCGACCUCCUCCACCUCCCAGCCACACUCAUCCACCCCUUCCUUUCGUGAGCUGCCACACCGGGAGACGAUACGGCAUCCUGGAGCAGCCGGACAGGGGUACAUCCCACCACCCCCUCCUAGCAGCGAAUACUACCCAAUGAGACCAAGGGGGCCUCAGCCACCCUCCACCACUGGCCCCGCCCAUCCCUCCGGUGUACCACCUCGGAUACAGACACCUGGCCCCAUGCAGCCUCCUGGCCAAAGAUAUCCUCCAUCAUCGGCUCCGUUCGCUGUCAAUCCAUUCGUCAGUCUAUCAAUCGCCAUCGAUUGCCAGAGAGCUACCGAGCAAGAUUCUGAUGGAGACACUGCUCUUCACAUUGCCAUCGUUCAAGACAAGGCAGAUAUGGGUCUGAUCCGGAGAUUGAUUGAACUUGUUCAGUUAGCUGGAAAGUCUGUCGACAUCUUCAAUUUCAUGCAACAGACUCCCCUCCAUCUUGCAUGCAUCAUGAAAGAUUGUGACAUCAUCAAGUUGCUGAUGGAAGCUAGUGCUAAUCCGAACGAAGCGGAUCGUAAUGGUCAAACGGCCGCACAUCACGCAUGUAAGAACAACACAGAGAGAUGCCUGGGUACUCUACUUAAAUACACAGAGGUGGACGUCAAUUUAAACAUCAGAAAUUAUGAAGGUUACACCCCUCUCCAUCUAGCUGCUAUGGUAGGCAACCCAACGCUGGUAACCAUGUUACUUGAGAAAGGAGCUGAUAUCAACUCAAAGGAUUCAAAGAAUGGGUGGACCCCUUUGUUCCAUGCUGUCACCAACCAAGAUACCAAACUGGUCCAUAAUCUACUGAGCUCUGGAGCCGAGGUCAACAUCCAAUCUUACUCCGGUAACACCGUCCUUCACGUCGCUACCGGGCGUGGCUAUACUGACAUCGUCAAGAUCCUUGUUCAUUACGGAGCUGACAUGAGCCUCAAGAAUACCCAGUGGGAUACGCCGGCUACGAUCACGACGGAUAAAAAUAUGUCAAGUCUGCUCCGUGGUCUGGGAGCGGGCAGUCCGCAGCCAAGCGAAGCUUCAUCUCCGACCACCGCACCACCAACUCUCCCCAUGCCUCUCAAUGAUGCCUACCUCAUACACCCUCCACAACCUGGCUCCGCCUCGGCGUUAGCUGCUGCUGCCGCCGUUGCAGCUGCUGCUUUGGGACAAUCUAAGAAGCCUUCAACGGUCACCACACUGACCACUGAAAGACUGAAGGGACCCGCGAACGAGGUCUACGAAGUCACACGAUCAGUGACACGUGGAGAUGGAAAGAUUUCUGAUGAGCACCGGGCGAUUCACAAACAGUUACAGGAGAAGCUGCGCCAAUCAAUCCAAAUCCGUCAGGUCAACGAACGCAGAGUUGGCGAAUCUCACCAGAGGAAGUCUACUGAAGACAUGUCUCCUGAACCGCACCUAGGUACCAAGAAAAUAGUUAUUGUUCCAGUGUCUGCAGGGGAGAGGGAGAAAUUAGAUCAAAUAAGCUCAUUACAUUCAGGAAAUAAAGCACUUUCAGACUCUCUUGGGCUAAGGGUUUCACUGCCGUCACAGAUAAGCAAGAGAUCACCAAAAGAAGGAGAUGAGCAGAAAUCCCAACAUGUUGUAUUAACACGGACAAAAGACACAACUGAACAAGCUGAUGGAUCAGUGAAAGCAAAUUCAACUCCUGAUGUUGUACCCAAAAUUGAAAUCACAUCCCCUGAGCCUGUUGACAAAACCGAAGCAAAAUCUGUAAGCGACAGCAGUCAGAGAGAUAUCCAGAAAGCUUCAGAUAAGGAUUGCAAACAUGUCGUGUCAAGCAGUCCGUCAGAUAGGUGUAACCAUCAAAUGGUUUGUUUUAUGAAUGGACAUCGAGGUACGAUCCCCAAAACCGUGGACGAUCUGAAAUGGGUUAGCAAGAAGAUCACCCAGAGUGGUGAAACUGACCAAGAAGAGACAGCACCUACUGAAUCCACGCCACAGCAUACCCCGAUGGAAGCUGCGCUCAUAUCGUCUGCUUUGAUUGCACCCGACAUUGCUGCACUAACGAAGAAAACGAGAACUGUCGAAAGAGUAAGUCCUCCGCCCGCCAAGGUGACGACAGCGCCAGCGGAAAGUGAGAAUGAGGUACGUGCGAGAAUGCUUUCAUUGCAGUACAAGAACAGUGACGCAAUCCUGGGAAACCGUUACGAACGGAAGCUGGACUCUGUCGGCAGCGAGCAGGAGCACGAGGUCGCCAAUACCAUUUUGACGAUUCACUCGCGUCUUCAGCAACAGGAGCAGGAACGCCAGCAGAAACAGGCGCAAACCUGCGACGCCGACUCAACCGUCAAAACCGAGCCCGUUAGUCCCAAUCCUGUAUUAAGCAGUACUACAAGUGACAAUCCUUCGGCCCAGUCGCAGUCGGGAAGCCCGCUUUCACCACCCGUCCUCGAGAGAGAAGGAGACAGACCGCUUGCGAAGAACAGCAGUGACAACGAUGAUAUGGAACCCAAUCUAAUCAUCGAUGAAACACUGAAAUCUAAAUCUCGCAAACGAACGAGAACGCCUACAAAGUCCAUCCCAAACCUUUCACCUACAAAGACCUCUUCGACAUCAUCGAGCCCUCAGUUGAGUACAUCGUCGAGUACCUCUUCGACGUCAGACUUUGUUGGAAUGCCCAGCAACGCGGGAAAGUCUGAGAAGGUGAAGAUUACUGGUGACCCCAAAAAACUUUGGACAAAGAAAGCAAUGGCCAUGAUGGGAAGUCUAGAACCAAAGAGAAAGAGGAAAAAGAGCGAGAAAUCAGUCCCCAAAGAAAAUUACUAGAAUUUUUUUGUGUUUUAUGUAAAUCACCUGUAAUUUCCCUACUGAAGGCAAGAUACAUAAGAUUCACAUAUUGACACAUGCCUGUACUUAAUUGGAAGGAUUUCUUCAAAACCCUUUUCCUGUGUCAAAAAUAAAAAGGAUAAUUGCAUAGCAUACUCAACCUU